ACAGUCCCCGCCGGGAGGAGCCCCGGGACCCGAGGGAGCCGCGCCGCCCGGCCCCGCCGCCUGCCGAGAGCCCGCGGAGCCGCGCGCUGCCCGCCCGGGAGGAGGGCGCCCGAGGAGCGAGGAGGGCGGGCGGGAGGCGGGCGGCGCGCAGGAGGCUGAGCGAGCGGCGGGCGCGGCGGGCCAGGAUGGAUUUCCAGCAGCUGGCUGACGUUGCGGAGAAAUGGUGCUCCAACACGCCCUUCGAGCUCAUCGCCACCGAGGAGACCGAGCGCCGGAUGGAUUUCUACGCCGACCCCGGCGUCUCCUUCUACGUGCUGUGUCCGGACAACGGCUGCGGGGACAAUUUUCACGUGUGGAGCGAGAGCGAGGACUGCCUGCCUUUCUUGCAGCUAGCACAGGAUUACAUCUCCUCCUGCGGCAAGAAGACGCUCCACGAAGUCUUGGAAAAAGUCUUCAAGUCGUUCAGACCUUUACUGGGGCUUCCGGAUGCAGAUGAUGAUGCGUUUGAAGAGUACAGUGCAGACGUGGAAGAGGAGGAGCCAGAGGCGGACCACCCCCAAAUGGGGGUCAGUCAGCAGUAACCUUGCAAGGGCUCCCGUCUAAGAAGGAGAGUGAACCCCCUGGUACCUGAGGUGGGGUCGCGUGCUCCUGGGUUAGCAUUUUGCAUUAGCACUUCGAAACAGGACAUCUGACUCCCAGCAUCCAAAUUAGAACUAAGUACCUUUUUAUUGACCACAAAAUAUCUGGGAUGAGCUUUGCUCAGAAGUGACCUGAAUUUUACUCCCGUUUCAGUGGGUUUCUAUGGGGUUGUCUCGGUAGCCUUUGCCAUUUUGAAUUUAGAGUCCCAUUUUGUGGCUGACUGUUCUCUCUUGAGCUUGUGUCGGAGAACUACCAUUCGCUGACUCGAAUGUAGAGAACUCUGAAUGUAUUAAGGAUAUGUUUUGAGUCCUCACAGGUGACAUUAUGGAGGGAAAGCAUGACAGAGAAGAAAUGCAGUCUGCACUUUUUACGUACUUUUUAAGUGUCCGUAAGUGAAGGAAUUUGCUUAUGAAGCAUGGGUUUUAAUAUCUAGUCAUUAAACUGCACAAGUGCAAAUACAAGGGCAGGAAAGGAUAAUCACUUAGCUUUGGAUGAAGAGGGGAAGAGAGGCAGAGAAGCCUUUGUCGAAGUGUCCUGCCGUUACUGAGUUACCUGGAUAGAUAGCAACUGGUUCAUGGUUAGUAGAAACAUUACUUGCAUGUUCGGUUAUUUUAAAACAUGCUAAUUCCAAAGCCACUUUUACAAUCCAAGAGUGGCAAAUAUAAAUGGGGUGACAUAAAUUAUUGAUUUCUUUAAAAUGUUUAUAAACCGUCCCACAUAUGAAAUGAAACAUUUACGUUCUCUCUUUAUAACCAGAUGGCAACUUGUUAAAUCAUGAAAACAUUCAGAAUCCAAGUGCCACUUAAACUUUGAAGCCAUAGAUAAAUUUAAUGGGGAAAUAAACCAGGAUAAAAUUUUUUAAAAAUAUGAUGUAAUCCUUCUUUACUUUUUUAAUUUGUCUUUUGUUCCUUAAAAAAAAAAAAGGUCAAGAAAAGGAUCCCCCACUGUAUAAUUUAUUGAAAAAAUUGUCAAGUGCUUCGAGGGAUCUAACUGCAGUGAAUUUUUAAAGCGAUAUGAAAGUGGAAAUCUUUCAGCCGUGGGUUAGCUUGGUUCAAAGGGGGAAGUUUCAGUGAUCCAAAAAAACUAAGACAACUCACAGAAACAGCUACUUAAUAAUUGGAAACACUGCUGUCAUCACUUAGCCAACAAAUACUUCUAGGGGACAUCCUUUGUAAUGCUAACGUGAAAUUAUUUAAAGUGUUCAUUUUCUUGGACCCUUCUGGAUCUCUCAGAGCAGAAUGCCUCCUUCACAACCCUUGACUAAAUGUAGCAUCUGGGGUGGGAAUCUUUUUAAUGUGCAUACACACGUUAGGUUAUCAUAGUUUGGGACUUAAAAAAAAAACAGCAGCAGCAGAGAGCACAGUGUUUCUGGGAGUCUUGUGUAUCUUCUAGGCAUAUCAGUAUUAACCUGAUUAUCUCACCAUUCUCUGUCUAAUUGAUUGGUGCCAUGAAGAGCGCGGCUGCUUGCGGUGAAACAGCGUCCUGCAGUUUUAAGUCAUGGGCUAACACAAUACGGUGGUUUCCAUCCAUGCUUCAGUACCACGUUUUUCUUUUCUUGGAGCAACCCAGGUGAAUUUCAAGUGAAAAUGACUUUGCUUCCCAGUAGCCCAUUCCCACAGCAAACCUCGGUGUCCCAUCCAGUGGGGUGAGCACCCGGCCCCGAGCGCAGGUUCAAGGUGCGCUGUGUUCUGUAGCUGGCACUCAAGUGUGGUAACCUCUGCUUUAACACAAUAGGCCGAAAGAAUGACCUCCUGCCACUGAAAUGAAGAAGCUUGACUAGCUUGCUCCAUUUGAAGGUAACCUGGAAUUUUAUACAUAGAGGCUGAAAAGCUAGAUUACGUGUGUUUGCAAAUGGAACGGAUGUUGGUAUGAAGACGCGUUUUAUGAAAAAAGUGUUUAGGCUUUGACCAAAUGCAUUUGGGCGUAUUAUCAUGUUCACGUUCUGCUCGUAAAACCUGAACUGAGAUCCACUCAGCCUUUCGGUGGGCGGAGGAGAGAUCUCGUCUGUGUUCUGUCCCAGGGGCUGAGGAUCACGGUACUGUAUGUUACUUAUUUUCAUGGCAAAAAUCCCAGAAGGCAUUAGCGAAUGGAGCCGUUUCCUCUAAAACUUCCUUUUUAUUCUGAUCGGGCGCCUCCCCGCCAGCACCUGCUGCCACACGGGCCCGUGCGCACGCUCACGCCCACCUGGCCCGUGUUCCGUGCGGGGUCGUGUGUGCGGGUCAGAGCCGCCUGGUGCCGAGCUCUCCGGGUCGGCAGCGUUGUUAUGCAGGCGGUGCCCUGGUUUGACAGGUCCCUGACUUUCACAGACACACAAACCCUUACGAAGAAGGCCGGGGGGCGCCGUGGGAGGAGUUAGGAGAGAGACCUGGGUUCUAGGCCUGGCUCUGCCGGGGACCGCGUGACCCUGGGCAAGUCCCCUAACUCGCCUGAAACAACGGGUGUCGGCCCUUCUUGCUUUAACCGCUGUCAUUCCACAGUUGCCCUGUGAUGUGCGUGUGUACGCAGAGCAGCUCGAGCAAAGUUCCAUCAAGGAAACUUUUUUUUAGGGAAAUAAGAACUAGAUUUGGAAUCUUGCCGAGAUGCUGUCCUGAGGACGCUGGCCACAGGGCUGCCUUAGCAUAUGUUUCUGUUCAUCCGUGAGUGUCCAGACCCCCUGGAGCCUGAGGGGCUGAUGGCUUCCCAUUCCUUAGACGAGGACAAGGUCAGGCGUCAGGUACAGAAACGUGCCCCAGAUGUGCAGGCUGUGUCUGCGGAAGGCAGGGCUUUUCCCUGGGCCCUGGCAGACUGUGGCUUUGGAAGUAGAGUAGGUUUUAACAUAACCAGGAGGGGAGAAUUUGCAUGCAGAGCUGGGAGAAAGGGAAAGAGCAGUACUUGGACUUUUUUGCCAUGUCAUCCAGUAGAGAGGAAGAAAAGUGAGAGAGAGAAAGAAAGAGAGAUUGUGUGUGCACGAGCGUGUGAGCGUGUGUGUGCGCCUUGGGGGGAUUGACGGCCUGUUGAUCACUGUGGGCCAGCUGUGAAGUCCUGCCUGUGAUAACCUUACGAAAUCUUGAGAUCCAGGCUUUGAGUGAUUCAGAGACGUUUUUCCUACCGUGGCCUAGUCACUGUCUCUGCCUGACAGUCAUCCUGAGCACACUUUGCACCCUUCAGGGAACCGGAGGAUGAGUUAGGGAGCCGGGGUGGGAGGUGGGACCCCACACGAUGCCUGCCCCCACCCAGGUUCAGUUAUGCCCACGUCUCCCAGACUCAUAGCAGCACAUAGGACUUUGGUUUGUUUGUUUUUGUUUUUUUUUAAAUAUGACUCAAAUAUGAAAAGUCUCUUAUUUAGGAAUUCUCCUUGUGUCCGGUGCCAGAAUUAGCUUUCCAGGGUCCUUAAGUGAAAAAUCUCUCUCCUCUCGUAGCUACCGUCAUUUUUCAUGGACAAAUGGAAACCUUUCCUCCAGCACAACUACAUCUCUAGAUAUUGUGUCUGUCUCAUAAGAGCACAAAGUGUAUGGACCUAGGGGAGCUGCGCUUCCAGAGCAUCGUCGGAAUUUAUGUUUUAGAAACCUACCUUGCAUAUUAAAAUUCACAAGUUGGGAAAUUGGUAUGAACAAAUCUGAUUUCCCACGGUUCGAGAGGCACAUUAGGAAUAGGCAGGACUUAAUCUGGGGUGGGAGGAAAGGAGUAAGGGAGAAGGGGAGAGUUAGGGUCUAAUUCUUUUAAAAAAAGAGAAAAAAGAAAAAGCCAGAAGACAGGUAUCACGUAAGGUACAGGAGAACUGUUUUCGUGGCUAUCCCACUAGGAGGUGGCUUUGCUCAAAGGGACUGCCUGCAUGUUGAGAGGCAAGACCCAUGUCGGGGAUGACUUUGUGGCUUUACGGAUACCCCGCAGCCAAGGAGACAGCAGGUGUCCUGCAAAUCUGGUGGAGGUUUCCUCAGUAAACCAGCUGCCAGCCAGAGAAGCCCGUCUUCCCAAAGUGCUAACACACCUGUGGGCUCCAGUCACCUUGGGCAGCCCGUGAGCCAGAUGUGACCCACACGUGCUUGCUCUCAGCGUGGAGGAGGCCGUGGGUCAGGAAUGCCCCCCACCCCCAGGCCUGGAGAGCAGGGCCCACGUACCCCACGGUGCUUCAGGUUGUAGAAAGAACACAAUUAAAACGGCAGCCGGGGGAUCCCUGGGCGGCUCAGCGGUCUGGCUCCUGCCUUUGGCCCAGGGCAUGAUCCUGGAGUCCCGGGAUCGAGUCCCACGUCAGGCUCCCGGCACGGAGCCUGCUUCUCCCUCCUCCUGUGUCUCUGCGCCUCUCUCUCUCUCUGUCUGUCAUAAAUAAAUCUUUAAAAAAAAAAAACGGCAGCGGAUCGCAGAUCCCUCUUCCCUAUAGCGAGUGUUAACCCCAAAGAGGUGCCACUGCCUAUUACUCAGUCUUCAGAUUACCAGAGAAGCCUAACGUGUUUUGUUUUGUUUUGUUUUGUUUUUUAAUGAAACACUAAUCCUCUUCCACAAAGAUCCAGUUAGUUAUCUCCGUUUGGGGACACCAGGUAUGACAUGAUAGGCUGAAGUCCUUUGGAUUUUACACAGAAUACCGAGAACUUGCCAGGAUGCCAGUAGCCUCUGGUGUUCAUGGCAACGUGGUGUCCAUGGUAAAAUAGCUAUGCUCACAUUCCCCUGGGAUUAAGUUGUUAAAUAAUAUGUUGUCUCUGAUAUUUUUAUUUAAAUUUGUAUUACCAAAAUAGAGGGCCCAUGAGCAUCACCUGUUAGAAACCUCGUUUAAAGCACCGUGUGGCUGGAUAGACCCGGGCAGUUGAAAGCGUGCGCCAAGCCACAUAAAAAUAAACAAUUUACUGAGAACUGUAUUCCAGUUAUUCAGUAUCGAGAAAGCAGAUAGUCUGUUCUUUGUCAAACUGCCUUUCCCUGUUGUUUUCUUUUGUUUUCGUUUCUGAAGGGUCGUUUUUUUACUCUGAGUACCUUCUGAUAGCCAGGCGGGUAAAGACACAGCAGUACUGUGUACACACGUCACCUCUUCAGAGGAGAAGGCAAAUGAUCAAUUCUAGGGAAAAUCGGAAACGAUCCGUGAGCCAGUCUUCAUCUGUGUGUGAGAGCAGAGCUUAGCCAUCUACGGGAGAAACAAAAUCAAGGAACGGUUUUGGGGUUCUUUUUCCUUAGGCAAAAAUGUUUCAUGCAGGGUGUGUAUGUUUUCUUUGCCUUUAUAUUUCCUUUCCUAGAAAUCUCUUGUAAAUGACAAAACUGUGAAAUGGGUUGCCAAAAAAUUGUUGCCCUUUGUUUUAGAUGCCACAAGCAGUGUAAAUCCCAAACGGAACCCUGUCCAGUCUGCUCCUUCCUCCCUCCCCAGAGAGUGAGGAUCUCAUCCGCCAAUGUAAUUACCAUACGCUUGCUAUUAAAGAGCCUUCCAAACUA